AUGAGCCGGGACCUUGCCAAAGUCAACCAGGAACUCGAGGAUUCUCGGAGGCUUGCUGUCAGCGACCAGGCCAGGACAGCAAAACGCCUCUUACUCGUCUCAGGACAACUCGAAUACACCGAACAAAAACUGUUCAACCUCACCAAGGAGCGGGACGACGGCCAAAAGGAUUCCAACCUCUUGCGGAUAGAACGUACCAAACGCGAGGCCCUUCAAGAACGCGAGGAUGCUGGGAUUCAGAAGAUCGAGGCCCUCCAGGACGAACUUCAGGAUUGUCAGCGGUCAGAACGUCUGCUCCAACAAAAACUCACUACUAUCCAGAGCAAGUACGAGACUUUGAACAAGCGACAUGAUAACCUCAAAAGACAACAGCAAGAGCUGGAACUCGCCAGGGAAAGCAAGGAAGCCCUGGCUUGGCUCAAGGAGACAACAGACCGAUUGUGUUCGCCACCGCAAGGAAGCUUGGGCCAGGCUAUCCAGCAGGAGCGGUCGUCGUACGGUUCUGCCGCCAAUGGGCUCCACCAGACCUCACCUUCGUCCUCGCCGCCAUAUCCGUCCUCGUUCAUCGAUCCGCCACUUGCAGCUCAAAACCAACUCAUCUCACUCAUCAAGGAACUCGCCACAACCAACUCAACUCUGCGGUCAGAGCUUAACGAAUACAGGGACUUGCUCCAAGACACACGGAACGAGGUCUUGACCUUGAGGACUCAGGUUGAGGACUAUGAGCAAGGACAUGCAUUCGAAUGUUGCACGAGUCGACAGGAUGAUACAGAGAGCUUCCUCACUUCCAAGAGCGCAUGGAGUGCAGUGGAUAUACCUUUUGGUGGCGGCCUCGACGCAGUGAGCCAUAUCGGCACCCUUGGAUCUAUCCCAGGCUCGCCCCCACCCUUCAUGACUUCGAGCUCCAAGCAUCGACAUCACCAUCGUCGUCAUUCAGGAGUACGCGGCAAUGUGUUUGGAGAACUCGAGAGAUUGUACAGCCAAGGAAGCCAGGUGCCAUCAUCGGGCAAGCACAAGCGUGGGCACUCGUCCAAGGAAUCACCAAGGCGCAGAGGAAGCCACGAGGAGGAGCGAGCAGUUGCAUCGAGCGCGCCCUCAGAGUCCAUUCAUACAACCACGACAGUUUCGACAUCCACAUCCACACCAGAGAUCAGGAGAGGAUCCACACCGCUUCCGCUCAUGAGCUCUUCUCGAUCGCCUCCAAACCCGACGCCCUCCAAAUUGCGCCACCAAUAUGGAAUCGAAGGAUCCAGCCCUGCGUCCAACACUAACAGGAGUCGUCGGUCCAUGUACACGGACGCAGACAUGGACAUGCUGGAAUCCGGAAGCGACUCGGGCGAUGGCGACAGAGACGACGAGGGUGCCCUCUCAAGUGAUGCUGCCGGAUCAGAGGACGAGCAAGGACGUGGAUUUGUUGCUGCCUUUGCUGAACGUUCAUUAUACCAGGAGUCUCAACCAAUCUCAAGCGGGAGCAGACCCACCUCUCCAUCUCACCGCGGACUUGCGCGCUUGCCGCCAGCAACUUUGGAAGACGAACUCAUCAAAUCUGGCUCCUUGGCUAUCUCAACACCAAUGACAACAACCGACACUGUACAUAUUAAUUCAAAGGAGGCUGUUGAAUCUAGCCCAGAGAGCCAUCUCAAGACCAGAACGAGCUCGAUAUCUCUCCUGUCGGCUGAGCUCCAAAAAGCGACCGGAGGCGAGGCAACACGCGAUCUGUUUAUGGAAGGGGACUGGGAACCUGCACAAAAUGGCGAGAACGAGAUGCAUCCCCUGGAGGGGCGUCGGUCAACAUCGUUCACGAGACUGGAUCAGGAAGUCAUUGCAGAGGACCAAGUUCACGAACCUUCGACUCCUUCCUCAACCUGGAAGCCGGAGCAUAGCCGUUUCACGCAGUAUGAGAUAUCAUCGUCUGACCAAGGCAUUUUCAACACGCGUCAACGUCGACGACUUUCAGAACCCCUCCACCAAAUCGCCGGCGUCAAUUCGAUCCCAACGAAGAAGAGUCGACCUGGAUCUAUUUACAGUAUCCGGCGACCUCGUCACCGACUGGAGUCGUCCGACGGUUGUUGCACGCACUUGGGACAUGUCGCUACUGGAAGCGUUGGAUGUCUGCCAGAGUUACAACGAUGCAAGAGUACCGAGGUGGUGGAGCAGAUGAUAACAGAGAGGCGACAGCGGAUGAUGGAGGUAUGGAGGGUGGGUGUGAUUGAGGCUGCAGUCACUCAGCAGCAGUCGAUCCAUGCAGUGGUCGCUUUUGGAGAACAGAGCAAGGAUGCCGACUCUAUCAGCAUCCGAUCCAAGGCAUCUCUGCGGCGUAACAAGGGACCUGCCGGCAGACAGGUCCCAGGAAAUUCGGACGACAGUGCCGCUGGGGCUGCUGAGCCUGCAAUAUCGAUGCCUUCGUCCCACAUCUCUGAAAGCACGAUCAAGGAGCGCCGAGAUUCGGACGGUACCUCCAGGAAUGUCGGCACCAGCGGAGUCCUUGGUAUCGCCGUUGAAUUGCCUACAGUAGCAGAGUCGUCAGCGCCAAACUUGAUCUACAAGGACCUGACCCACCUCACCAUCGACACAGCUACUGGCUCAACGCCCGCCUUUGAGGCCAGCAAACCUUCCAAGGAUGUCGAGCUCACCAGGGAACAAAAACGUCGCAGUGUCCGUUCUGUCAAGUCGUUCCGGUCCUCUUUCAUUCACUCUCCUAUGGGCAGGUCACCGCUCGUGGCUCGCGAACGGAGAUUUCCCUCGGAGACGAGCGCAGCAUCAGAGGCCUUCUCGAAUCGCCGUCACGAUCAGGAACAUAGGCCGUAUCAGCUGCUUCACACUCUUUCGACUGAGCUCCUCGAGCGACUGGCUCGUUCUGAUACACGCGAGAUGAACCGCCGACUGAGGAGGACAUUCGAUAUCCAGGCGCUGUCGCAGAUGUCCAACUCUGUGAUCGAAAACGUCUUGACGGAUGUCAGCAACCUUGGAGAGCGUUUCCGAUGGGUGGAGGCCCAGGUGGCCAACCCUGUGGAUGAGCUACUGGAUCGACACCUUGGCAUGCAUACACCCGUUAAUGGAGGCAGUAUCGCUUCAGGACAAGAGGACGAAGGCGAAGCGGCAGGCAAGGACGACGAUGACGAUGACGAGUUCGAGGACUGGGGAUUCUCCGUGGCCGAGUUCUUCCCGUUGGCGCAUGUUGUCCAGGAGAUGUUGUCAGAAAUUGGGAAGCUGCGCAUGACGAUCAACGAGUUGCAGCUGAGCUAUGUUCUCAAGGUGGAGCAAGACCGUAUCAAUGCCGAGAAGGCCUUUAUGGAGGACCUCGAGUCGGAGGAGGAGGAGGAUGAGACUGAUUUCGACUACCAACAUCGUCAUCGACACCAUCAUCAUCACCACCACCAUCAUCAUCUCGACGAGCCUAUUAUGACAAAAGCGGGACAGGCACCUGAAAAGCCAGGCCAGCUCAAGAAUGUGCUUGGUGGUAUGCUGGAUCGUCCCCGCAUUCUUGGAUCGGCGUCAACAGGAGUCUCUGGGUUCUUCAACAAGGUCUUCGGAGGAAGCGACAGGCCCUCGCAGGAUGACACCAAAGCUGCCGAUGCCGCCAAAUCUGCGGCGGUGGCUCAGGAGCCCCCCAGGGACAAACCUACUAUGUCAACAAGCAAAUCUGGACCUGUCAUUGCGGAGACAUCGAGGGUCUUUGCAGAGUCGGCCUGGAUCUCUUCCCCCAACAAGGCAGCCGAAGCACAAACGGCACCGAAGGGUGUUCCUGUGGCGGAUGGAACUCGGAUAUCCAGCGCUGGAGGUAUUGUCCUACCCAGCUCGAGGCUUUCUGCGACCACGUCCUUGGCAACCAUGGCAACGAUGUCUCCGGCACCAUCACGGUCCAACACAAUCCAUGUCGCUGAAGGUGUCGUUACUGGCACUGCCGCGUCGACUGUCAUGAUCAGGGCACUCGACAUCCGCUUCAGUCCCAACACUAAGCGAACCAACAUGCCGCAUUCUCCGCCUGCCUCGUCUCCUGUGGCGGAGUCUGUCAAGGGCCUGUUCUCACGUUCACUUCCGCAGACGCAACCUUUUGGAAUGUUGUCUGCAGAGACCGAUCCCGCCUCUGUUACCCCUGUUGCGCUGGGCGUGAAUUUAGGAUCCUUCAAGAGUUUGUCGUCCCUGCCAGAGGAAUCUACCGCUGAUGCCAACACGGUCUUUGUCGCCACUCCAGAGUCAGAGCGGGACCAUGUUGAGGUCUUGACGCGCUCAUCUGAUCCAGUAGCUGCAUCUAGCAACGCCAACAAAGCAGCACCUCGCACGCUUGGACUGUCAACCAUGACCAGCGGGCUUGCGCUUAAUGUAGUCACAAAGCAGGAUGUCUUCCAGGAUCAUUGGGCAACAUCAACAUCUCCCUCUCUGUCGGCUUCAGGAUCGAUGGCUAAUAGCGAUAGACGGUCGAAUGCCGAAAGCAUCAUAGAGGGUAUUCCUGCCAGCCAGCCUUACAGGAAUUCUUCAUCAACAGCUUCGCUGUCUUCCAACUCUACCACCAAUGAAGCUACCGCCUCCCUCACUACUCGCCAUGGUACCAAGCCAACGCUCAUCACACGGUCCGGAUUGACUGCGGUGACACCUUCGACUUCGACAGUCUCCUCGCCUGUGUCGGCAACAUCAUGGUUUGAUACUAAGCGGCUCUCUGGCGGAACUUCGUCUUCAUCAACCGACGCAACCCGACCUAACAACGACGCCAAGCCUCCUCAGGAGAACAUCUUUACAGCAGGAUACUUCAACGCAGGCUCUGGAUCCGGAUCUGGAUCGGCAUCGAAUGUACUAGCGAGUACUGAUCAAGUCUUCCGGAAGACGCGAGCAGCAACCUCAUUCCAUGGAGGUCUAGGGUCGAGGAUGUCGACUGAUUCGGUCACCCGAAGUCUUGGACGAGUCACCGGUCGUGAAUCUGCUCUGGCCUUCUUGCGAGGAGAAGUCCCCGCAUCGACUGUUCUGAGUUCACUUUUCAACAGUUCUGAUGCUCCUCCUGAGACUUCGUCAUCCGCGACUCCAUCGGAUCCAGUUGUUACUAGCCAGUCCGACUCCAAGGGCAAGAGUCUUGCGUCGGAGCGAGGUUAUGGUGUCACGGAGACUGGUGUUGAGGCUUUGGAUGAAGAUGUUCAUGAGGAAGGGGCAGAGCAAGAGCGAGAGCAGGGGCUAAAGCAGGAGCAGGAACAGAGAGGACGAUCCAAGGAGACGUUGGGGAUCCAGGGAUACAUUACACGGUCGGGACCAACAAUAACCCCUUCCCACUCUGAGAGUGGACUACUGGUUCAGGCAAAUGGACCCAUGUUAACGCCGACGACCAGUCUUUCUCAACGGGUGGCCGUCACCAGUACCGCGGUGGCCUAUGUGGUAGCAACACCAGACCAUACGGAGGACAGGGAAAACUCCCGUAGGAAGCGAGCGGUCUUUGACCGGGAUAUGAUCAAGGCCUCCCAGAAGCGGAUCCUAGCCAGUGUCCAACAUCAACAAGUGCUUACGGGGGCAGCCGACAGACCGUUCGUGCCCCAGUCGAACCCGCGGAGGGCGAGGGCGCUGAGUGUGGACAGCGCGCAGUCGUCGGAGCCGUUGCCGCCGAACGAGAGGUUGGACUUGUGGAGGGUUGGUGCGGGUGUCAGUCGGGAUAUUUGGAGGGGGCUGAUCAAGAAGGUUGAUGGCGGGCGAAGCGGAGGUGGAGCACAUAUUCAGGAAAAGGACGAUGAGAGGCAAGACGAUGCCAUUGGUUCAGAAGAUAAUACCAGCGGUGAGCCUGAGUCUGCUGAGAACGUCGCUGAAACUGUGCACAAAGUCAAUGGACGUGGUGUUGAUGUAUCGAGAUCACAGCCUCAGACUCAGAACAAAGCAAGGACAGCCAAUAGAAUCAGGACGCGAUACACUCCAUUCAUGAAGUUACCUCUGCCGCCUGCCAAAGUCAACUUCUCGACAGUACCGACACGGAAGCGGCGACUCCCUCCUCCUCCUCCCCAAGAGAUUACCAAGGAGUUGCCUACGAAACGUCAACGGGAUGGCGGUACCGAGGAGCAAACGGAGGAGACUGAACAGGAUCUUCAUCUGGAAUGGGACCAGGAUGAGAGAAAGUAUGUGGACGUUCGGACUAUGGAGGAGGCCUGUAGGCCCUCUACUCAAAUCCAUUACAAGCGGAGCCAGGCGAUCUUCAUGAAAUGGUGCAAACGCGAACGUUUCGAGGACGGACACAAAAUCACCCGUGAAAAGUAUUACGGAUACAUGAAAGAACUCCUCUUUCUUCCCCGCAUAGAUGGAUCUGAUGAACAAGCGGGUGGCGUAAUUUCACGACCUGUGGCGUACACACACAAGUCAGCUCUGCGCUACCUCUACAUCAGUCAAUGUCUCGCCGACAGUGUGGUUCCGAACUUCAAGGAUGUCCUCAAUGAUGAGCGUACCGAAGGGCUGAUAAAGGAGUAUCUCACACGGCUUGGGAAAAUGAGCCGCUCGUCGACUUCAAAGUCAACAGCUGGACUGAGUAAACGCAUGACAUCCGGAAAGGCGGUUACAGGCUCGACAUCCAUUGAGAUGGAAAGGGAGAAGGAUCCUGAGCAAGAUGGAGGGAAGGAGAAGGACCUUGAGCAAGAUGGGGUGAAGGAGAAACGGAGCAUCGCCGCUACGAACAAGUCUUGGAAGAUUCGGAAGGUUACACCGAGACAGAGCGUCACAACUCCGCCACCACCACCACUACUAAAGGACGAUAGUGCUAGCGAAAUUACGCCCAUCACUUCCCCUCGCGGAUCGACUUCUAGAGUAUCAACAACUGUCGCCAACAACAACAGCGACAAUAGCGACAACAGCGACAACAGCAACAACAGCAACAACAGCGACAACAGCGACAACAGCGACGACAGCGACAACAGCGACAACAGCAACAACAGCGACAACAGCGACAACAGCGACGACAGCGACGACAGCGACAACAACGACAACAGCAAUGACACCAAUAACACCAAUAACAUCAAUAACAGCUCACAGCAACAGGACAAUACCCCAGAUCUAAGUCAGCAGAUCCAAACGAUCCACACAACAUUAGCGUCCAUGACCCAGUUCAUGCAAACCUUUCGCGACGAGACAAAGGCGGCCAUUGGUGUCUGUGUCGAACACAGCAAAUCUGCAGAAGAGUCUGUAGGGAAACUUCAAGGCAGGAUAACGAGGAUGGAGAGGUCGAUCCAGGGACUUUGGAGUAAGCUGGACGACUAUGGGAUGAGCUUUGUUGAGCAAGCUAUGGACGAUAUGGAGACACGGCAUCGUCGUCAGGGGGAGCAGUUGAGAACGAUGAGGCGGUUGGUUGAGCACCACAACUCAAUGAAGGAGAUUGAUCAGGAGCUACCGGAGGACGCGUGCCAGGAGGUGGAUUACGACCAUGAGAAGCUCGAUCAGGAGGUUUAA